AUGUACUUCAAUUCCUGGACAAAUAUUACCACAGAUAAAUGGAUUCUGAAAACAAUUUCUGGAUAUAAUGUUGAACUUUUUAAAAAACCUAAACAAAAAUUGGUUCCUAAGCCGCUACAAUUCAGUAAGGAAGAAUCAAAGAAAAUCAGUGACGAAAUAGAUCAGAUGCUUAAGAAAGGAAUAAUUACACCUGUACCAGAUUCAGAACCGACUACUGAUGAAUAUAUAUCAAACAUAUUUACAAGACCUAAAAAGGAUGGGCGUGUAAGGGUGAUUCUUAAUCUUAAACAUUUCAAUGCAGAUUUUAUGAAAAAAUUUCAUUUUAAAAUGGAAACACUUCAAUCCGCCAUUGACUCCUUGAGGAAAGACUGUUAUUUUGCCUCGGUUGAUCUUGCCGAGGCGUUCUAUUCAGUGCCACUCCUUCACGAAGAUAGGAAAUACUUUAGGUUCUUUCAUAACAGCACAAAGUAUCAAUUCACUGCUCUGGUAAUGGGGCUAACAAGCAGUCCUAGAAUUUUCACGAAAUUACUCAAACCGGUAUUUGCGACCCUUAGAUCUUGGGGACACAUCAGUACAGCAUACAUCGAUGAUUCGUGCUUGCAGGGGUUAACUUAUGGGGAAUGCCUUAUCAAUGUUAGAGAUACUGUCAAAUUAUUAGACGAUUUAGGUCUCACAGUUCAUCCCACAAAGUCUGUACUGAUUCCAUGUCAAACAAUUGUAUUUUUGGGGUUUGUUCUUUGCUCAAUAACCAUGACGGUCCGACUUACCGAUGAAAGAUGUGUAGAGAUAAUAGAAUUAUGUAAAACACUGAUAAACACUAAACGAACAACGAUAAGGAACUUCUCACAGCUAAUCGGAAAAUUAGUCGCAGCAGAACAGGGGGUGGAAUAUGCGACUUUAUACAUAAAACCAUUAGAGAAAAUAAAAGUGUUUCAGUUACAGAAACAUAAGGGCAAAUUUGACAGUUUUAUGAAAAUCCCAGUUUCAAUAAAACCAAUUUUAAAUUGGUGGAUUGUCAAUCUGAAAAACAGUAUGUAUAUACUCAGACUCUUCAUUGAAAGGAUGGGGGGGAUACAAUCAAACACACAACAUAAAAACAGGGGGAGAAUGGUCUAUAGGUGA